CGGGCGGGGGAGGAUGGGGCCGCGGCUGCUGCCGUUACCGGCCCGGCGCGGGGCGCCCCUGCUGGGAGCCGCCCUCCUCGGGGGGGUCCUGCUGGUGGCUGCCCGCGCCCGCGCGGACCAGGACCGGGACGGGGCCGAGUCCUGUCGAGCCUGCCGCGGCCUCGCCGACAGCUUCAGCAGGGGCCUGGAGCGGACAGAGCACGAGGGCUUUGGCGGGGGCAACACAGCCUGGGAAGAGGAGAAGCUGGCCAAAUACCAGCACAGCGAGACGCGCCUGCUGGAGGUGCUGGAGGGUGUCUGCUCCCCCUCGGACUUCACCUGCCACCAGCUGCUGGAGCAGAGCGAGGAGCACGUGGAGCAGUGGUGGUUCCAUGAGCGGCAGCAGCACCCUGACUUUUUCCAAUGGCUAUGCAUGGACAGGCUGGCGCUUUGCUGCCCACCUGGCACCUACGGCCCUGACUGCCGGCCCUGCGCAGGCGGGCCCCGGCAGCCCUGUAGUGGCAAUGGGCGAUGCGAUGGCGACGGCACACGCCGUGGCACCGGUCUGUGUGUCUGCAGUCCAGGCUACGGUGGCCCCUUCUGUGCUGAGUGUGGUGACGGCUACUACGAGGCCUCACGGAACAAGAGCCACCUGGUAUGUGCCGAGUGCUACCGGGCGUGCGGGCGCUGCACAGGGCCUGAGGACUCCAGCUGCCUUCGCUGCAAGAGGGGCUGGGUGCUGCAUGAGCACCGCUGCAUUGACAUCGACGAAUGUGGCACGGAGAUGGCACACUGCCGAGCCAACCAGUUCUGUGUCAACACGGAGGGCUCCUACGAGUGCCGAGACUGCUCCACGGCUUGCAUUGGCUGCAUGGGCGCUGGACCGGCUCGCUGCAAGAAAUGCAACAAGGGCUACUGGCGGGACGGAGCCAAGUGCUUGGAUGUGGAUGAGUGUGCCAGCACCGAGGAGCCGGUGUGCACGGGGGCACAGGAGGUGUGCGAGAACACGGAGGGCAGCUACCGCUGCAUCUGCGCCCGUGGCCACGUCCGGCAGGAUGGGCACUGUGUGGAGGACAAGCCCCCUGAUGCCCCAGAGAAGGGCUUCUUUGACGACGUGACAGAGGACGAGGUGGUGGUGCUGCAGCAGAUGUUCUUCGGCGUGAUGAUCUGCGCCCUGGCCACGCUGGCCGCCAAGGGUGACAUGGUCUUCACCGCCAUCUUCAUUGGUGCCGUGGCUGCCAUGGCUGGCUACUGGCUCUCUGACCGCAGUGACCGCGUCCUUGAUGGCUUCAUGAAGGGCAGAUAGCUCUGGGGCUGCCAGGCGCGGGAGGGGGGACAGGCUCAGCCUGGGGUGCGGGACUGCCUCCGCCGCCGGGGCUGGCUGCCGAGGCCAGAUCCUGCACACGGUGCUGUGCCCUGCAUGUGUCCCCUAGCCCUGUUAGUGUAGGGUCUUGCCUUACCCCUGCAGAAGAAGACAGGGGUGCCUGGUGGUCCCCAGGGCCUUCCCCACAGCCCCCUCUGUCUGGCAUGGUGAUGCUGAGCAGUGUGGCACUGGGAUGGGGUGGGGGCACAGCAUGCUGCCCCAGCCCCUCGUGCUCUGGAGGAGAGACCUGGCACCGUGGCAGGUGGGAGGGCGUGGGGGCAGGCCAGGGGGUGGUCUGGCAUGGCUGGGUGCCAGGGUGGUGAUGCUGGCAAAGCUCGGCCCUGCUGCCUGCCCAGCGAGUGUCCUCUGGACCCUGUGGACGUUGUGUCCCCCUGUGAGACUGUUCCCUGUGGGGUAGCAGGGGGCUGGGUUCCCCCUUUGCCCUGAGCUGUGGGGCUGGGAGGCCUGUGCCCCUCCAAACCCUCUUUCCCACAUCCCUGGGCAGAGUCCAGCUUACCCCUCCCAGGCUGGGGAGGCCAGGGGCUCCUGCAGAGCAGGGGGGUCAGGGGAACCCCUCACUGCUCAUGGGGUGCCGUGCUGGUGGGGGUGAGGGGGCCCUGCCGAAUGCAUGAGCGUGGCUGUUGCAUUUGUCUGUGGUUUGUCCAUCAGGGUGUGCUCAUCGUCUGUGUGUUCAUAUCUCAGGAAAUAAAAGCUCUGCACACCCA